UCCUUUGCUCUAGCCAUCUAAAGCAGGCAGCAACUGAGAAAGUCAAAAUUUCACCAUUCACAAUUCUUAUUUUUUUCUUCUCUAAAUACCCUUUUGGCCUUCAAUUUGUUUUUGAGUUUCAUGAGUACGUGAUGUUAUGUAUAUAAGUUAUCAUAGAGUUAAAAGAAGACUGAUUUUCAACAGAUGGGUAGAUUUAGAAUGUAAUCAACAAUAGAUUGUGAUUCUCAACCAAAAAAAAAAUGGCAACAACAACAAAUCUAUUCAGCUUUUGCUCUCUGCUAAUGGCUUCUCUCUUUGCUCUCUCUGCAUCACUUCAAUUUAAUGACCCAGAUUGGUACUUCUGGUUUCCUCUAUAUGCCACAGCUUGUGUAGUCAAUCUGGCCAAUUGGAUCUCCAACAAGAAGAUAAUCAGAUCAAAUGCCAAAUUUUCACUUUGGCUUGGAGUGUUCUUGUUUUUGAAGGUUGUAAUUGAAGAUUUUGUGUAUGGAAUAGCUGGAUUUUGGUCAUUAGAUAUGAGGGAGAGAGUGGUCAGAGAAAAAUUUGGAAGUAGAUUUGUUGUCUGUUCCAUGUUUCUGCAAUUGGAAGCAUUAUCAAUCCCAAAUGAUCCCACAAGAGGAAGAAAAGUUUAUGUUGCAAAACAUGUUCAAUAUGGAAUGGCAGUCUUGGUGGGUUUUAGUUAUGGGGUCUCCUUUCUCUUCUUUGUGUUUCAAAAAGAGAAAUGAAGCUCUGAUUAAAAAAAGAGGUACAUGGUCUUCAAUUUGGUGGUGUUACGUACAAUGAGAAUAAUGUGAAGACUGAAGAGAAAUCAUCUUUUCACAAUAAUACCGAGAUUUUACAUGGUUCAAUAUGAUUGUCUAUGUUCGAUCACACUUAAUUAUUGUCUUUUUUAGACAAAAGGGUACGUAUGCCACUACGACAAACUAGUGCAACUAACAGCAAAAUAAAUAAAUGGUAUCCAAGGGUAUAGUGCAGUGAUUCGGGAAGUAAGUUUUUGAAGAUUCAUUUUCGAAUCGCACUUGUAACUUGAAUGCUAUAUGAACCAUAAUGCCCUUAGUUUACAAACCCAACACCCUGUAGGGAUUCGGGAAGUAAGUUUUUAAAGAUUCGUUUUCGAAUCGCACUCGUAACUUGAAU